AUGGAACAGCCUCUCACACCACCGCCCUCUCGUCGUGUCCUACGAGUCCGCCAUCGCCCUCGCACCCGAACUAUUUCGGACGAGAAUAGAUGCAGCCACACCGCGAGUAUUCGACCCAGCGAAGGUUCCACCAUGGCAAUACGUGCUCGCAAGGAGCUAAGCUCAUCUCCGUCCCGCGGCCGCACUCGUUCCCGUGUCGUUCGUAAUGGACUCACUUUGAAUACCAACCAUAUUCGUCCGCACCUAUCACUUGCCUUACCGCCGUGCUGUUCACCGCCACCCCCGCUCAGUGAAGCCGGAACUACCGCCAGCGAUGAGGACCUUAUUUUUCAAAUGUCACCCAUUCAGACUCAGUCUCCGACAUUGUUGAGCUUUAGUGCUGUUGCUCACGAGGCACAUAUUGAAUCAAAUAGUGCAAAGCAGGCCACAAUGCAGUCACUGUCAGCCUUGUGGGAGAAACAUAAGAACAACAUAACCUCCGCAGCCUCUCAUACACAUGUACCGCGAACUCCUGCAAAACGCACCCGUGCAGAUACGGUCACGCAACAUCAGCGGGGCUUUUCUGACACUCAUGCGAGUGUGCUAGGGCGUCGUGAGCGCCGUAGCGAACAUCGACAUGUACAAAAUGCGAAAGCGUUGCUCGAUUUUUCUUCGGUGCUACAUGCCCCACCUACUCCGACAUCUCCCCCUCCCGCGGAACCAUUCAUGUAUAGCUUCCCAAGCUUCGAGUCUAGCCCGCUCGUGAAGGCCCGGGAGGCUCGUGCACGACGUCAAGCCAGCAAGCGUUCCAUGAAUGGCGAGUUCCUGACUGGAGAUUCGGAAAUGGAUCGGAUUUCUUGCGGCAAUGACAGCUCCUUAGAUGUUGAGAUGGACAACGAUUAUUCUCAGCGCCUCGGACCGAUCCGCGCGCGGAAAUUGCGUAUCCAAAGUGGCGAAUCUUUAUCUGAGGACAUGGACGAUGCAAACUUCAUCUCGCAUGCUUUUCAAUCUGCCUCCCUCGAUCCUGAGAAGGACAAUGGCUUAGGUGCAGAUGAAGAUAGGGAAUUUGACGAUGCCUACUCUUCCUCUCAGCGUUCAUCCUCGGUCUCAUCAUCCUCAGUGACGGAUGCUGCGAGUCUCAAUCAGAACAAUCCCCUCUCGAGUUCCCUCCUCGCUUCUUUCCCAGUCCGUCCGUCUUCACGCUCUCAGACUCAUUCCAACUCGAGUUCUCGACAGCCUUCUCGUCGUGCCAGUCCAACCGAGAUGAAUCCCGAGGCAAGUGCGAUUGCAAUGGUGACGCGAGGACGCGCAUCCCGACGUGCUAGCUCCGAGACGAAGCAAGCAACGACUGGAUGUGCCGGUGGCUACCGACGGGGACGAGGUCGCACUCCUGCUCCCGCACGACGCACUGGUGAGGAGGUCCAGGACCCAGCCAGUGCGGCAAGGGCAAGCCCACGCUAG